AUGGUUUCAACACGUCCACAUCAACAUCAUUGGCCCCUUUCCACCGGUCGGGCCUACUGCUACUUCCUCACCGCCAUCGAUCAGUGCACACGAUGGCCCGAAGUGUUGCCGCUCGAAAGGACUACAGCAAAAGACGUCGCCUCGGCCUUCUUCACCGGCUGGAUUUCCUGCUUCGGCACUCCUCGUCGCGUCACAAGCGAUCAAGGAUGGCAUUUCGAGUCCCAACUCUUCAGGCUCCUCGGGCGUACCACCGGGUUCGAGCGCUCACGGACUACCAGCUACCACCCGUGCGCCAACGGGAUGAUUAAGCGGUUUCACCGACAGCUCAAGGCAGCCAUCACGUGCCACCCUAACUCAACUUGGCUCGAGGCUCUCCCGGCCGCCGCUGUUGGUCUGCGCGUCACUUUCAAACCAGACAUCCAUGCAACACCCGUAGGACUCGUUUACGGGGAGCCGCUUCGCUACCUGGGGAACUUCUCUCCACUUCAACUCUCGACAUCACCAGCUCGGACCUUUGUCGCCCGGCUGCGUCGCACAAUGGCCUCACUGCGCCCGUCACCAGCAGCACAUCACACCAAGCCGACCCCGUUCGUGUUUAAGGACUCGGCAACGUGCUCGCAUGCCUUUCUCCGCGACAACACUGUACGUGCGCCGUUUGAACCACCUUACUCCGGACCCUAUAAAGUCAUCCGCCUUGACGACAAAACAUUCACCCUUCAAAUCAGCGGGAGGGACGUUCGCGUCUCCAUCGACCGACUGAAGCCAUCAUACAUCCUCUCCGAGGAAACUACCAACUCCGGCGCGCCUCCCGUGAAUCACCCACAACAGCCUCCAACGCCUCGACCCGUGCCCUACAUCACGCGCUUUGGACGCCAGGUGCGCGUCCCCAAUGCUCUUCAAACGUGA